CAACAGACUGACAACAACCUGGCGAGCGGUCACUCGAAGCAGCCCACUCGCUCUUUUCUUUUCGUCACACUUUCCAGUUCCCCCCAAAAAACGCCUUCACUAUACUGUGCAGUGUAUCUUUUGAAUACACUCUCAACAGAGCAACAGGUGGACACGCGUGGAGUCUUCUUCCCUAAUUUCUCCCUUCAACCUGCUACGCUUUGUUGGCUGGACUGAAUCCUCACUGGAGGGGUUAGAGCGCCAGAAUCCAAGCCGGGUGUACGUCCCUCAUUUUCGGGCAACUUUCGCUUCUUCCGGCGGAACAGAGUUGUCCAAAUUUCGGAGCUUUUAGCCGCUUUUUCGGGAAUUGUACGCGUCAAAACUCAUCGGAGUCUACUAGAGGUUGACUGCCUGUCGAAGCGCCGCAGUUGACACAGAUGGAGGCCUCAUUUACCAAGCGUCUGAGGGGAUUGUCAAUCUUCAUCUUCAUCCUCUCUAAAGUGUCGUGUGACCGAGACUUGCACUUUUGCGGCACCUGGCGGCAUGGCAAACAUCCCCUGAGCCUGAGCUUCAACAUCUCGCCAGGGUGCGGUCAGAUUGCUAUAGCGGCCAACGAGAGCUCCUUGGCCGUCCGUGGGCAGAUCGCAGCGCAAUGCAGGCGCACCGGCGUACACCAGCUCAAUCACCAGGCACUCGAAUCUGACGGGGAGACUCGCUUCUGCUUGCACUGGGAGCCGCUGCGGGACCAACUGAAAUUACAGAUGGGAGUGAGGAACUACACCCUUUGCUGGCCCAGUGGCAUGCCCGACUCCUGUUGCACGUACCUGUCAUACGGCUCCAACGCACCCGAGGCCACCUACGGCAUCGCAGACGGGAUGAUCGAGGACGAUGUCAUCACCCGUAAAACCCUGACGGCCUACACAUUCGACGGGAGCACUGUCAAAUGCACUACCUUCUGUCCUGAGCAGAGCCAUGGAGACGCCCAAGUUAAAAUGACUGACCACGCUUCUGUGGCUCCUCUCUGCGACCUCAGCUUGGAACUGGAGCUCAAGGAUGACUUCACAGGUGUUGAUAUCAACUCGCCUCCUGUGGAAGGUGUUGCCCCAGUGUCUGCCACCACCAUCUACCUUCCCCAGGCUUUGAAGCAAGCUGUAAAGAACAACAGCAAAAUGGUCUACACCUUCUUCAAAAACAACUCCAUUUUCCAGGAGGGUCUCAAGAAGGAAAGGGUUCUUGACGAUGUGGUCGAAAUCUCCAUUGAGAACGAGGUCAUCGAGGACUUGCCUGACCCAAUAAGGAUUGGCUUCCAUCAUGACAUCAUCCCUAAAACACAUUCAAGGGCAUGUGUCUCGUGGGACACCAGGAAAGAGCCGAUGAAGGUGAAGUGGUCGAUGGAGGGCUGCAGGACGCAGCAGAGAGGAACUAGGCACACUGAAUGCCUCUGCGACCACCUGACCUACUUCACAGUGCUGGUGCAACUGGAGCCUCGGCCGGUGCGCCACCUGCUGGCUCUAACUGCCAUUACGUCUCUGGGCUGCGCGGUGUCUUUUAUCAGCGGCAUCGCCCUCAUCGUCUUUCUUUGCCGGAGAAGGCGUACUAAGGAUCCAACCGCAGCCAUCCACCUGGGCCUGGCUGUGUCUGUCACCUUUCUUAACCUGCUCUUCUUCUUCACGGGAGUCCUGGCUAAUGCGGGAGCUCAGGACUUGUGCGUCCUGGUGGGAGCGGGCCUUCAUUACGCCCUGCUCAGCGCCUUCUUCUGGAUGGGCAUCGAAGUGCUCCACUCCUUCUGGCUAGUCUAUAUGGUCUUCAGACCCUCCCCGAACAUCUGCGUGUGGAACCUGCUCGGCUUCGUCCUUCCUGCCAUUCCCAUCAUUAUCCUGGCUGGGGUUGGUGACAUCUAUGGGCUGAGGGAAGUGAUGUCAAGCCAGGACAACGACAACCCUUUCAAGAUGUGCUGGAUGAAGUCCAACUCCAAGGCCUUGCUGGCUCACUACCUCACCAACACCAUGGUGCUGGCCUUUCUGGUGUCAGUGGGCUUGCUGAUGCUUUUCCUGGUCUACCGGGAGAUUCGCACCAGGGACGAUUGGCGGAAGAACCACGUGGCCUUCCUCAGUAUCUGGGGCCUCAGCUGUCUGUUUGGCACCACCUGGGGUCUCGCCUUCCUCGACUUUGGACCUUUUUCGGACUUUAUCCUCUUCAUCUCCUGCAUCCUUAAUUCCUUCCAAGGCUUCCUGCUGAUGCUGAGGUUUUUCAUGCUGGAAUGGAUGCGCAAGCACACGAUGAGGAUCAAAGACUCACCCGCCAAUGUUUGUCAUGUGCUCGCGUCGCCGUCCACCAUCAGUCAGGAACCUCUGGAGCCGCUUUGUCCGAGUUAUUGACGCCUCCCCCGCUGUACUGUAGACGAUCAUCACUCAGGUAAAUAAAGCCUCCACGCCGGCCCGAGGCUAGAUCUCUCCCUUUCUAGAACAUCUAGACUGGCUCUAGUUGUAGAUUUUUAUUUUUUUAUUUUUUUUUUUAUUAUUCUUUUUUUUUUUUAAACAAUCAGCAUUUUUUACUGUAAUCUGGAAAAUAAUUAUUAAGCUUUAUUUACAGCAAAGGUUACUGCACUGAUAUUUCCUUUUCACUGUUAAAAUGGAUGAAUGGAUGUUUGGUGAACUACAAACUGUUUCUGCUUUAGACCUUGGCUAAUCUUAGUUUUUUUUUUUUAUAUAUAUAUUGUGUAAAAAAAAAAAAUAAUAAUUUCAAGUAGCACUUUCGAUUUUCUAUGUUUUUGUAUGACAUCCUUGUGUGAGAAAUGCUGUUUUGUUCAGUUGUCUGUCAACUUUUCCUGCGUGAAAUAUUGUCACCGGCCAACAAAGAGUAUGUCUCUUUUUUUCAUCUCUCACAAAGGCAUUUUUGUUUUGUAUCAUUUUUUAGCACAAUUUGCAGAUACUGUACAUGCUUACCUGUUGGAAAGAAAUACCCUAUUCCCUCACAUAGUAACUGGAGACUAUUUACUAGACUGCAGAGAGUGCUUAGCAUUUAUUGAGUGGAUGCCUUUAGUUUCAUAUUGGAGAGCAUGCACUACAAAGGCCCCAUUUGAAAUUGUUUUGUAAAUACUAUUCUCAGGGCCACAUAAAUCGCCUCUAGAUUUUUUUUAGGCUCAAUGGCACCAUCCAGCAUAUUUAGAAAAUUCUGCCCCAAAAGCAGAUUUACUUGGCAACAUGACAUUUGCUAGGCAUGUCUAUCACAAGUAGACCCACACAAAAAGUCUCAAGAAACCAUGCCUGAAAAGAUACGGGCAUUCUGCCGUUAUGGUUAAGCAGUCAUUUUGAUCAGACUCAAAAAAGUGCACAGAAUGCUUUGAAAAAAAUUCAGCACCCUAAUUUCAUGCUAGUUUCAUGUAGCUCAGUAGACAUACCUUAAUAUUUUAAUAUCUUAAGAUUCCAUGCCCCAAAAAAGACAGGUGGUCAGCCAUUUUGGUGCGAGUGACCAAAUUAAUUGUUUUCCAGAUGUCCUUGAAAGACAAACUUGUCCAAGUGAAUUCGUCCGAUGGAUACCAAAUUUGAACCAUGUACACUAAAUAGACAGACUGCUAAAUUGCAAAACGGUUUAGGAUUCGACUUUACUUGUUGGUAGAUGUGAGGAUGGCUAAAGGUUUGACGACUAGCCAUGAAGCAUGGCCGGCCAGAACCAACAUCUUUUCCCCCCGCAAUCACUACUUCUUUUCAGGUCAUUUUUGAACUGGUUAUGCGAAAAGCAACACUUCAAAGUCCAAGCCAAUUUGAGCUUUAGCGAUGUCACAUCUUCUCUGCAGUUAGUUGUGGUUAAGACCAUUGGUCUCAGAUGUUAAUGUGAAGGUAAUUAUGGUCUGUGCUAUUGGCGUCACUGGAUGUGUCUAUUUCAGGUGCAGAGGCCACUAUUUGAGGAAAUGGGGGGGAAGUAGGCACAAAAGUUGAUUCUCCAUUAAAAGGGAGGAAAAUAAUGUGAAUUGUUAAAUGUUAGCCUCCUCAUUAUUCAUCACUCAUUAUUAUGAUAGCACAAAAUUGUUUUGAAGGAAUGAUGAUCAUGCCACGAAGUGGAGCAGAUUUUGAGAGUACAUGUUGUUCAAAUAUCAAAACAAACAAGUGUUUUUCACAUGACACAUUCCGUUACAGGAAGUUCUCAUUUAUGUCAUCUGCUUUAAAUUAACCCUCUUAUUUUGUUUCUUUGGCACACCCAAAAUGUUCAAGAGUCAGUUUCAUCCACUACAUGUUUAUUUAAACAUGAAAAAAGCAGAAAAGAACAAAAAUAAGCCCAACAGAAGUUUUUAUUUUGCAAGGGUUUUUUUGUUUGUUUGUUUGUUUUUUUUUAUUUUAAAAAGGGUCAAUUUAAGCCACCAAAAUAAAAGGAGGGAUACGUUAAAAAGUAAUGUUCAGACUUGUAUAAACUACACACGUUAAAGUGGUCAUUUAAGUCAAAUACUGGUUUUAUGUUGAAAUCAAUGUGACCCAUCACCAACCAAGUGAAAUCUUAGCUACUGUGAUAUUUGCACUUUUUUUCUGUAUUCUGAACUGUAUUGUCAUUCAGGUUGUUGUGUAUAUUAGUUGUUGUUGUUGUUGUUGUAUGUACAUUAA